ACAAUUAAACCCACUGUUAUUUAUUUUUGAUAAUAUAAUCUGUUUUUUUUUUUCUUGGAAACCCGACAAUAAACACAGUUAUAAAUAAAUAUUUAAAAACGCGUUAGAUAAUAAUAUAUAUAUAGUUUUAUUGAUAAAAACAUUAAAGUCUAAUGACCUGAGUCACAGUUUCAACAAGAGCUCAGUUUAAUCAGCCGUCAACGACGUAAAUUACAAGUAUGGCGACGCUUGAAUGUAAAACGUCUGAUCAAACCUCUAGUGAUUUAAUAAAAUUAAAAGUUUUUGAUACUAAUAGUGAUGAAAAAAUUAAUGAAAAUGAUUUAACUGAUAUUCCUUUACAAUCUUCAUGGACAUUUUGGCUUGACAAAGCUGUUCGAGGCAGGACAGUAGACGAAUACAAAGAUAAUUUGAAAAAAGUUUAUACUGUUGAUACGAUACAAAAAUUUUGGGCUGUUUAUAAUAAUAUACCUAAAGUUUAUGAAAUUCAAAAUAAAUAUAGUUAUCACUUAAUGAGAGACGAACGAUUGCCAUUAUGGGAAGAAACUAAUAAUAGGAUGGGUGGAACAUGGAGAUUUAGAUGUCAUAAAAAUGAUACCGAAGCUGUUUGGAAAGAAGUUGUUUUAGCUGCAAUUGGCGAACAAUUUAAUAAAUAUAUACAUAAAGAUGAUGAAAUAUGUGGUGCUACUGUAUCUGUAAGAGAUAGAGAUGAUUUAAUUCAAAUUUGGAACACCAAAGCCGACCUUGCAGAUUCAGCUACAAUUAUACCAGCCGUCUUAGAACUUUUACCGAAUAUUAAUUUCCUCGGUGAAUUUUAUAAACCUCAUCAAUUGAAUUAUGCAUAUGAACGUCAUUGACAUAUUAUAUUAAAGUUUAUCCAAAGAAUUAAUUAAUUAAUGUACUUUAUUUAACCUAUAAUAUUGUAAAUGAUAAAAAAAAUUUUUAAUAAUCAUAAUUAAUAAUAAAUUAUUUUGUAUACUGAAUAA